GGUGAAGUCUAAAAAGCACCUUGGUACAACGCACGGGCCCACACUGCCCCCACCUACGAACUCCAACUGGUGGUAAAAAAAAUUGAUCUUUCGCUCUUGACUUUUUUUUUUUGCUGCUGCUUGAAGGUUCUGGUGAACAGAAAGAACGGCACCCAUCGACAGCUGUUUCCCACCACUUCCCACGACAACUGCAGGAGCACAUCGGCUCAGCAUCGCAUUUGUCGCCAUGGGUCUUUUCAUUCUUACCGAAACCAGCGCCGGUUAUGGCCUUUUCAAGGCUUCCGACAAGAAGCUCUUGGAGGACGACAACCUGACCGACCGUCUUUCCACCACUGAGAAAAUCGUCAAGGAGAUCAAGUACAAGGAGUUUGCCAAAUUCGACAGCGCCGCCUCGGCUCUCGAGGAAAUCUCGGGCCUCGUAGAAGGCAAGGUCACACCACGCCUCCAGAACCUCCUCAAUGAGUUCAAGGAUGAGAAGAAGGUCACCCUUGCCGUUGCUGAGAGCAAGCUUGGCGCCUCCAUCAAGAAGCUGCCUGAGCUCAACAUCAAGCCCAUCUCCGAUAGCACCACGAAUGAGCUCUUCCGCGCCAUCAGACAACAUCUUCCCGAGCUUGUCCCCGGCAUGCUCCCUGAAAACUUCAAGGAGAUGUCUCUGGGUCUGGCCCACUCCCUCUCCCGCCACAAGCUCAAGUUCUCUCCCGAGAAGGUCGACAUCAUGAUUGUCCACGCCGUUUCCCUCCUUGACGAUUUGGACAAGGAGCUCAACACCUAUGCCAUGCGCGUCAAGGAAUGGUACGGCUGGCACUUCCCCGAGUUGGCCAAGAUUUUGCCCGACAACCUCUCUUAUGCCAGGAUUAUCGUUACUCUGGGUGUCCGCACCAACGCUCCUGAGACCGACCUUUCCGAAAUUCUCCCUCACGAAAUCGAGGCUGCCGUCAAGUCUGCCGCUGAUAUUUCCAUGGGUACCGAGAUCAACGAGGAGGAUCUCAACAACAUCAAGCUUCUCGCUGAACGUGUCAUUGCUCUUUCCGAGUACCGCAAGCAGCUUUCCGAGUACCUCGAGAACCGCAUGAAGGCCAUCUCCCCCAACAUGACCGAGCUUCUCGGCGCCCUUGUUGGUGCUCGUCUUAUUGCCCACGCUGGUUCCCUCAUCAGCUUGGCCAAGAACCCCGGUUCUACCAUCCAGAUUCUCGGUGCCGAAAAGGCUCUUUUCCGUGCCCUCAAGACCAAGCACGCGACCCCCAAGUAUGGUCUCAUCUACCACGCCUCCCUCGUUGGCCAGGCUUCUGGUAACAACAAGGGUAAGAUUGCCCGUCAGCUCGCCGCCAAGGUCGCCCUUGGUGUGCGCACUGAUGCUCUUUCCGAGUUCGACGAGGAUGUCGAUGAUGAGACUCGCGCCGAGCUCGGCAUCAAGUCUCGCGCCAAGCUCGAGAACAGCCUGCGCUUGAUGGAGGGCAAGCCCAUCUCCACCAAGCUCGGCCCCAACCCCAACAACAUCACUGUCCCCAAGUGGGACAUCAAGGAGGCCCGCAAAUACAACGCCGAUGCCGACGGUGUCGCCGCUGAGGCCGAGACUGCCAAGCCCCUCAUUGAGGAGGUCGAGAUGGAGGACGCGCCUGCCGAUGAGGAGAAGGCCAGCAAGAAGGAGAAGAAGGAAAAGAAGGAAAAGAAGGAGAAGAAGGACAAGAGCGAGAAGAAGGACAAGAAGGAGAAGAAGAAGUCCAAGGAGUCAACAGAAGAGACCGAAAGCCCAGCCAAGACCAAGAGCUCCAAGCGCAAGCACGAUGAUGAUGAGGAGGAGGCGGCGCCAGUAAAGGAGAAGGAGCAUAAGAAGAAGAAGAAGAAGCACAGCAAGGAGUAAAGCGGUCUGGCUUUGCUACCUCGAAUUGCUCUGUAACUUCUCUUGUUCCUUACCCUUCAGCUUUCUCUCUCUCUCUAUAUCUUCUAUUGUAUGAUACUCCUUUCGGCAUAUUUUUGGGCUUGUUGUUGACUCUUCGGCGUUUGGAUUCGGAGUAAUGGCGGCGUCUACGGGGGCAUUUGUCUGGUGUGGUCUGCGAUACUUAAUGCAUGUGAAGCGCUGCAUUUUUACAUCGUGAUGAUAAAAAGGCAAAAGGGCGAAAAAGGAGGUGCCUAUUGUGUUUAUGUAGACCUCUGGUGCAUAAAAGAAUAAACGUUUUGGCCUAGCUUUGUCUUA